UCUAAAAGACGCACCUCGAGGAUCAGCCUGUGUAACUUUUAUUUGUGGUUCUAGUUUUUUGGAGGAGGACCUGGUCUGAGAUCAGUCUGAUGCGGAUUCAUAAAGGACUCUGACGUGAAGGAGAAACUUUUGACUGACUUUUCUUUGACUCUCGAGGAUUUACCUUCAGAGCUGCUGUCAGGAGCAGGUGGUGGAGACAGAUCAGAGACCAGGUCUGCAGACAUCAUCAUCAGGUGCAGUCAGGAUCCCUGAGCUGAACACAGCAGUCAUGGCUGCGAACGUCACCCCUCAGGGUUGUGGCCCUAACUUGGACUCCCUGUAUUACAACCUGUGUGACAGAAGCGCCGUGUGGGGCAUCGUACUGGAGGCCUUCGCGGCAGCCGGCAUCGUCUUCUCCUUCGUGCUCUUCAUCUCGCUGCUGGCCAGCAUCCCCUUCGUGGAAAACAAGAACCGGAAGAGUUCCAUCCCUCUUCAGGCUUUCUUCCUCGUCUGCACGGGGGGUCUCUUCUGCAUCACCUUCGCCUUCAUCGUCGGGAAGGACUUCUCCACCUGUGGCACGCGGAGGUUCCUCUUCGGGGUGCUGUUCGGCGGCUGCUUCGCCUGCCUCCUGAUGCAGUGCGUGAGGCUGAACUUCCUCGCCAGGCACAACAGCGGGCCCCCGACGUGGGUUCUGUGCCUCGGGGCGUUGGGGCUGUGGCUGGUGGAGGUGGUCAUCAACACCGAGUGGCUGAUCAUCACGGUGGUGCGGCAUCCUCUGAGGCCGACUAACACCACGAUAGACGCCAGCAGAGCCACGGCUACGCCAUGCAACAUCGCCAACGAGGACUUCGUCAUGGCGCUGAUCUACGUGAUGACCCUGAUCCUCGCUGUGGUGGUGGCCAGUCUCGCCAUCAUGGGGGGCAAACACAACCAGUGGAAGAAGGACGCCGCCUGUGUCGUCCUCACUAGCUUCCUCUCUGUCGGUAUCUGGGUGGCUUGGAUCGUCAUGUACGUCUACGGGAAUGAGAGGGCCGGCAACGCCACAUGGGACGACCCAACCUUGGCCAUCGCUCUGGUAGCGAACGCUUGGGUGUUCCUCAUCGUUUACACCAUUCCUGAAAUCUGCUGUUUGACCAACGAUGAUGAAAGCGAGCAGAGCGUCGGGGAAGAUCUGUACCCGAACCGAGGAGUGGGCUACGAGACGAUCCUGAAGGAACAGAGCUCCCAGAACAUGUUCAUGGAAAAUAAGGCUUUCUCCAUGGAUGAGCCCAACCAAGCCGCCAAGCCCGUGUCCCCGUACAGCGGCUACACGGGUCAGCUGAGGAGCUCCGUGUACCAGCCCACUGAGCUGGCUCUCAUCACUAAAGCGGUGGGGAAUCACCCCCGGGACGUGUCCUUUGACAUGGUCAUUCCCCGAGCGUCCACCAACUCUGCGGCCAACAGCGGGAGCAGCACCCCCUCCACACACACUGAGACCGGCAGCUCUGCACACGCUCAGACUAACGGAAACAGCGGGAACGGUCUGCAUAGAACAUCCCAGUGGUGAUCCCGCUGCGCCCCCCUUACACCUCAUCACAAUAACUUCACUUCACUUCGUUUGCACUUCGCUGACUGUUUGCUUGCUGUUUUCAACGGUUCCCUAAGCUGGUUCUAAGAGGAACCCACUCCCCCCCCCACCCCCGGACGUGUGAGGUGUGAUCAUCACUGAACGACUGCUAAACCUCCCCUUUGACUGAUGAGCUGUGCUGCGGGCGAUCAGACAGCGCAGAGCUUCAUUUGGACGUCAGAGCGCGGGGGAUGAAGCCUCGGCUUUGCUGCGGGACAAAGACUUUCUGCCACCGUCAACAUUCAGAGAGCAAACUUUGAGCUCUCUGCUGGAUCCAGACACACGGAUGGAGAGGGGACAGUGCUGAACGGGCAAAAUCAGGUCUGAGGAGAAUAGAUGGAUUAAACCAUGGGAGACUCUUUUGCAUCUUUUCCCUGCAAACAUAAACCAAUCGAACCCCGCUGCAGCCGAACACCACCUGGAGAAUCCUCUGAUCUGCAGGCCUGAUGAACUUCAUCCACAAUGAGGACACUCUGCUGUGCAUGAUCCAGUUUAUCACAAGGAGUCUGUGUAAUCUGUGCCUGGUGUAAAUGUUAAGAACCACGAAUGCUGCGUACAGAACGAAGCCACUGGUGUUGAAUGAUUGUAAAUAUGUCGCUAAUGUUUGUACACUGCAUGAUACGCUGUAAAAAUGUGUAUAUAUUCUAUUUAUAGCACAGCUGUGUGCUAUUAAUCAUGUCUUAUUUCAAUCAAUCAAUCAUGAGAGUAGAGAUCAGCUUAUUUCUGCACAUGCUCAAUGUCACGUCUUAAAGGUUUCUUUUAUGAACACAAAUAUGAAAACAGGGGACACAUAAAGAUUAUUCUGUUAGCAUUGAGCUGCACUGCAAUCUGCAGAAGAAUCACCAAAGCAUCAUGGGAGUUGUAGUUGCUAGAUGUUAGCCAAACAAAGCGUGUGUCCCUGAUGAUGUUCUCUGCUGAUUCUCCUGCAGUGCUACUUAAACCAAAGUGCACACACUUAGUGAACGUUUUGAAUUCUGCAUUCACAAAUCUGUUAGACUAAUGGAUGAUGAAGCUUCAUUUUGACUGCAUGUGAUUGUAAUUUUAGUUAAAGUUCAUCUAACUGCUGACGUUUUGAUAAGUGGGUCACAAGCAACCAUCCUCUGGCUGUACCAACGAAUCCAUGAGGGAUAUUAGAGGAGAGGAAGCUGUAACCUCCGGAGAGGAAACGAACACGAGCACAGGGAAGAAAGUGACAGCAGUGUCUCUGUGCAGGACCAAACCAAAGAUUUGUAUAUUUAAUAUUUAAUUAUCAUCUUGCCUGCUACGAAGUUAUCACUGUAUUAUGUGUCUUUAAAAAUAAAUCAUUUUAGGAAGA